CAGGUUUUUGAUAACUUGCAAAGUAUUUAUGGGUUGAGUCCUGAUUGUUGCACCAAACAAAUGUUUGAAGGGAUUAAAAAAGUGAAAAAAUUGGGAAUUUGUGGCAGAACUGAUGACUUUUGUCGUGAGCCCAAAUCCCUAGAUAAUAUUAUAUAUUUACCUGAGCUAGAGGCACUUAAAAUCGUAGUAUACGACUCUAACACGGAUGGUUUGGGUCAUAAGCUUCAAGUUCCAUGUCCGGAUUCUUUCCCACCGAAUCUCAAGAAGCUGACACUUCAAGGAGCUUAUCAACCAUGGAAGGCCAUGACAAUCAUUAGCAAGUUGCCCAAACUCGAGGUGCUCAAAUUGAAGGUUUAUUGCUCCUUUGGUUGGAGACAUGUAGGGGAAAAUGUCUGGGAAGUAUCAGAAGAGGGAUUUCCUAAAUUGAAAUUCUUGCUCCUAGAGAACAGGGAUCUUAAAUACUGGAGGUCCACCGAGGAUUCUUUCCCACUUCUGGAAAGCAUAGUUAUCAGAAAUUGUCUCUCCUUACAAGAGAUUCCUCAAGAAUUUGUAAAUAGUACGACACUGCAGCGAAUUGAGUUACGGGGAUGCACUCCUUCCCUUGUGGAAUUCGCUAACAAGGUCCAAAAAGAGCAAGAGGAGUUGGGAAACAACAUUCUUAAAGUUUAUGCCUUUGACACAAUCAACCAGAGGACACAACCUACCAGAGAGUCAGAUUCAGGUGAAGUUAAUGAAGAAGAAACCAAGGAAGAUAUGGAGAAGACAGAAGAAACAAAGGAAGAUUGAUCAAACGAGUUUUAAGGACUUGUCAAAUGAAGGUCUGCAUGCCGUUCUUGAUGGCUGUCCACACCUUGAAUCGCUUGACUUACAUCAUUGUUAUAUAAUCGAUCUUGAUGAAGGAGAUUUAGGAAGGAGAUGUAAACAACUGAUUGUAGACCUGAAGGACCCUCAUGAUUCCUCUUAUGAAUUCAAUGCUGAAAUUUGGGAUUAUUUACUCAGUUUUAUGAGCUUUUAUUUGAGUUGUGGCCUUGUGAGGUUUUCUUUUUGCCAUUGGAUUAUGAAACAGUAGUAUUCCAGGUGUUUGCUGAUUGAAUGCAAUUAGAGUAGACAUCUACUGGGAAGUCCUGUGAGAAAUUCAAUUUUCUUUUCAAGUUUCAUUAAUCUCCCCAAUAUUUAGAAAUUCUUCUUACUUU